AUGGCAAUAACAAUAACAAUAACAAUAACAAUAACAAUAACAAUAACAAUAACAAAAUAUGUUAUUUUGAAAUUUCUCAAAAUAUUUACCGCAAAUUCUUAUAUCAAAUGCGUUAAAUCGGUAUUAAAUAUAGUGUCAAUGGAAGAAAGUGAUCGAAAGACAAAGCAACAACAAUUAAUCGCAUUUAUCGAUUCUCAAUCGCUGGAAGAUUUUCGUAAUCUGUAUCGUGAAUCAUUAGGUAUUCUAAAAGAUUACGAUCAUGUUGAACUGCUUUUACGCGCCUCUCGCUACGGUCCAUUAUCAUUUGUUCAAAACAUAUUAAAUGAUGGUUCUGCAGCGGUCAAUGUAAACUGCCGUCAUCUGUCGUCUGAAGUUUCACCUCUUGUAGUCGCCAUUCGUGCUCAAAAGCAUGAUAUUGUUAAUUAUUUAAUUCAAGAAGCUAAGGCCGAUGUAAAUUGGAGCUGUGAGAAGAAAACAACAACAUGUCUUCAUGAGGCUAUACGUCAACGUGAUCUAUUUACAACAAAACUUCUGCUACAAUAUGGAGCCAUUGUUGAUAAACGUCACUUAUACAUUGCUAUAAUCGAAUGUCUCAGUCCAAAAAAUACAGAAACAUCUCCUCUAGCAUUGUUCGAUAUGCUUGUUGAUUACCAGCCUGAUUUACUUGACGACAGUAGUCAAAAAGCAGCAGUUGAAUUUGUCAUGCGUCGAACUCAUUGGUCAUUACAUUUUCCAUAUUAUCAUGUUGCUUCUCUGCUAGAACGACUAGUAUCGAAUGAGAACUAUAAAUUAAUUACACAUCUACCGAUCUCAUCAACAAUUGAACCAACGAUAACAACAUCUUCAAACAUUCAUCGAACACAGGUGGCUAUAAUCGGCGCUGGACCCGCUGGUUUGAUGCUAGGUGCGCUUUUAUCUCAAUCAGGUAUCGAUUCAAUCGUGCUUGAGCGUCAUUCUCGCUCAUAUGUUGAAUCAAAUAUUCGAGCUGGAUUGUUGGAACAAGCAACUGUAGAUAUUCUCGACGAAGUAGGAGCUGGUGAGAGAAUAUUACAGAAAGGUUUUAUUCAGCGCAAUAUUUAUAUGCAAUUCGACGGUGAACGCAUGAUCCUUCCUCUGAGCGAACUUACACAUGGCAAAGUAGUAACCACUUAUGGACAGCAGUUUGUCUUACAAGAUCUUAUAGAGCAACGAAUUAAAAGUGGUCGACGAGUUUGGUUUGAUAUUGAAUCUGUAGAAAUAAAACGACACGACAUUGCAGACGAUGGCUCUGGACCAUUGAUUUGCUUUACUCGAUGUGGAGAUUCUAACGAAGAAAUUAUACUAUGUGAUUUCAUUGCAGGAUGUGAUGGUGUAUUAAGUACAUGUUGCCGUCAUUCUGUUCCUCCUGGUAUUCUUCAUACUAUAGAACGGGUCUAUCCAUUUGCUUGGCUUAGUCUUCUUGCUCAAGUUCCACCAAGUACCAAAGAACUUAUUUAUAGUGCUAAUACUACAUAUGGGUUUGCUUUGCACAGCAUCCGUCCACCUGCAAGUACACGUUUUCAUUUACAAGUUUCUCUUAAUGACACUUUAGCUGAUUGGCCUGAUGAACGGAUCUGGAAUGAAUUAAAAUUGCGUCUGACACCUAACAACCUUUCAUGGACACUGAACAAAGGACCAAUCGUUGAACGAGCCUUGUUUCCAAUACGUGCUUCUGUCACAACACCAAUGCAAUAUAAACGUCUUUUCUUUGCUGGUGAUGCUGUUCACAUUCUACCACCAACAGGCGCUAAAGGUCUGAAUACAGCUGUAAAAGAUGUUCAAAUAUUGGCGCGUGCAUUCGAGGAUCAUUAUAAUAAUGACCGAUUGGAUAAACUUAAUAAUUAUACAAAUAAUUGUUUACCACAUAUAUGGCAAGCACAAGAAUUAGGAAUCUACCUGACGUCUCUACUACACAAAAUGGAUAUUUCGAACAACUGUGGUUGUAAUGAUGGUGACUCAAUGGAGUUUAAUAAACAACUUCAAAGAGUACAGCAGCAAUCUUUGCAAAAUUCGAAGGCAUUACAACAGCACUUGGCUGAAACGUAUGUGUAA